AGAAUUCGACGUGACACCGGAAGUAGACAGGAGAAAGCGGAAGAACAACAACAAGAAGUAGUAGAAGAAGAAGAAGAGGCUAACCUCCGCUAGCUAGCUAGCUACUGCUGGGAAGUAGCGACAAAAUCUCCAGGGUCACGAUGAGUUAUCCAGAGAAGCAGGACGAGAUAACAAGGGACGAGUGGAUGGAUAAACUCAACAAUGUCCACAUCCAGAGAGCCGACAUGAACCGGCUCAUCAUGAACUACCUGGUGACAGAGGGCUUCAAAGAGGCAGCAGAGAAGUUCCGGAUGGAGUCGGGGAUCGAGCCCAGUGUCGAUCUGGACUCUCUCGAUGAGCGCAUUAAAAUCCGAGAGAUGAUCCUGAAGGGACAGAUCCAGGACGCCAUCGCGCUGAUCAACAGUCUGCACCCGGAGCUGCUAGAUACGAACCGUUACCUCUACUUCCACCUACAGCAGCAGCAUCUGAUCGAGCUGAUUCGUCUGAGGGAGACCGAAGCCGCUCUCGAGUUCGCCCAGGCUCAGUUAGCGGAGCAGGGGGAGGAGAGCCGAGAGUGUCUGACGGAGAUGGAGAGGACACUGGCCCUGCUGGCGUUCGACAACCCGGAGGAGUCCCCAUUCGGAGAUCUGCUGAAUAUGAUGCAGAGACAGAAGGUGUGGAGUGAAGUAAAUCAGUGUGUACUCGACUAUGAAAACAGGGAGUCAACCCCCAAGCUGGCCAAGCUCCUGAAGCUCCUGCUGUGGGCUCAGAACGAACUUGACCAAAAGAAAGUGAAGUAUCCGAAAAUGACUGACCUCAGCAAGGGAACAAUUGAAGACCCCAAAUAAGGACCCACAGAGAAAACAUAGCACCGCAUGAUAAAACGGACACAUUUCCUUCACCUAUUUAUACCCCGACAAACUGACUCGUAGAGUACAACCUUUUCUUUUUGUAAGGGUUGCUUUUUGAUACUUAAGUAAGGUAGAAUGUGCAAACUGGAGUAAUGGCAUUUUAAAAGGAACUCUCACACUAAAAUAACACACAUACCAUUAUUCUGCUUGGUAUUUAACUAUUUGUUUAAAUAAAAUUGGUUUAUCUCAGUUACACUAGGUUUUUCUGUCUGUUGGCAGGGAAAGUUGUUUGCAUAGGAGGGUGUGAAUAAAGCCUAAAUUAGGCUGUCACGUUCUGUGUGUGACCACUUAGAGGAGGGGUUGAUGUUCAGGGGGAGAGUGGGCGGCUCAGUGUGCACUGCCUCAAAUAAACGUUUUCCUUACAAAAAAACCAUCCACAUUUCAGCGAGUAGUCUGUCAGCUUGUGCUCUUCUGUUACAGGAACAGUCAAAGCAAGAUACUUUGGAUGUGUCAAGCUACUGUGACAUUGAAAAAGGAAAUUUCCUAGAUUCAUAUUUCAUUAUUGCUUAAAACCUCAUGAAAAGAUGUAGAUAAGAACAGAGAAAACAUCAAGCUGUACAUCGUAGUAGCAGUUGGGGUCAUGGCAAGAUUCCUGGGAAGCUGUAAACUUUGCAGCAUUGUGCGACUGUGCGGGCUUCAAGGGGAACUCAGUUUCAUAUUGUUGUCAAACAUCACAAGCGAUAUUAAAAAAUGUGAAUGGUGAUAAAUCUAUGUACUCAGACAUGGAGAUACUUUUACUGAUGCAUUAUUUACAUGUAUGGAAUAAGUAGCUAUUUUGCAAAAAAAUUUGAUGUGCUUUUUUUUUUUUUUUUGCUGGUAUAUUAUUUUGCAAUAAAAGUGAAUUUUUAAACUGGA